GGAUGAUCAGAGGUGGCUGUAGAGCGCAGCCGUUGGACCUCGUGGCGGCAAGAGUUGAUCCUAGCAUUUCAGUAUAGCGCGAGCUUCCACGCGAACCACGUGUGAAAGGUUUCCCCGAUGAGCUCGAGCUUUCGGUAUCUAAUCUAAUACCACCCCUUGAAUUGUAACAGUCAAUAACUGCAACGAACUCUAGUUAAAUUCAGUGUUUAAAAGUGAAGAUUAAUCAAUAAGUGUGUCAGUGCAACAAUAAUAUAGUUUAAAAAAAAAAAAAACGUGUCGGUUUCCCUCGAGUGCUUUAAAUCUAACGAGUGGUUAUAGUUUUUGUGUUCUCGGUGAUUGCGCCCAAAUUGACCCCAAUUUAUUUUUACGAGUGUCCGAUAAUUUACAAGUGAAUAAAAAAAAAAAAAUAUUUUUUAUAAAGUUCAAGUGUGGAUAUGAAUUUGCACGUGUUGUGUUCGUUAUCUGGAUACUAAGCGAUACUAGAACGUCGGCCUAAAGGCAUGAGGAUAAUUUUUUAGCGUAAUGAUGCAGAGGGCGGUACUACUCAUCUGCUGGUUGCCGCUCCUCAAUCAUUGCAACGCCGUCAAUCCCGGCUGCUCGUGCGUCGUAUACAGCAGCACAUACAACCCAAAAGGGGGACGCUUCAUGUCGCCUGAUUUUCCGAAGCGAUACCCAGUGAACAUCGAUUGUCUUCUCUACACCUUUGUCGGACAGCCUGAUGAAAUCGUCGAGCUUACUUUUCAUCAGUUCAAUUUACGGCGGCAUACUGAUGGAUGCUCGGAAGGUGAUUACCUGAAAGUCUUUCUCCAUCUCGAGGGCAUAGGAGUUUCCGAAUACACGCCUUGGUCUGGUUUACUUUGCGGAACUUUAAAAGACAUUCCUCAAGUCUUGUACAGCGCUAGAUCUAGUCUUAUCCUCGAGUUACACACCGGGAGAGAACAAACUACCAACUCAACUGGAUUUUCCGGCACGUUUCGUUACAUCGACCGACGACUGUUUAGAACUUCCGGUCAACUACUGCCAGGUACAAUGUGUGAUCAUCAGUUUAUAAGCUCACAAAUUACAAAACAACAUGGAAGAUUUUACUCACCUCAUUAUCCGUCAUCAUAUCCAAAAAAUUGUCGCUGUACAUAUUUAUUCCGUGCGAGGUUAAAGGAACGUGUACGGGUUGUUUUUGAAGAAAUUUCACUGCAAAAAGGUGAUCUGAGUUGCUUGAACAAAGCCGACUUGAUCAGAAUUCACGACGGCACCCAGUCUCAAGCUCCGAUAAUAGCUGUCCUUUGCAACGAAGCCACGGAAAUAGAAAUCCUGAGCACCGGGCCGAACCUUUACAUCGAGUUCGUCGCUAAUUCUGAGUGGCCUGGUCAAGGUUUCAAAGCUGCGUUCCAGUUUCAGCCGAUCGACGAUAUCAAUACAGAGGUAGACAAGACUGUCCCAGGAGUCGUAACAUCCAACCCUAGGUACUCGGUCAUCGGACCGGCUGUCAGUGCUACCACGUCGUCGUGUGACAUGGUAUUUAGCAGCGACACCACAAAAACAGGAAUAGUGACGUCACCAGGUUAUCCGAAUCCUUAUCCACCUCGAUCAACUUGCAGUUAUGAUUUCCACGGCCGAGGGAAGGAGAGGGUACAAAUCGUCUUUCAGGAUUUCAAUUUAGUGGACGCACCCGGCGACCCCAAAGGAUGUGAUAACGUGGAUUCUUUGGUGGCGUUUAUCCCUAUUGGCGGUAAAAUGGAGAGAAUCGACGCAUUCUGUGGGACAACUCCCCGGCCAUUAAUGAGCAAUGGUGCUCGGCUUUUAUUGGAAUUCCAUGGAGUUCAGUCAUCGCGACAGGCACGAGGCUUCAAAGCCAUAUAUUCAUUUACCGAGAACUUCGGAAUAACAACUGGACGACAAGAAUCCAGUUUUACAUGCGCAUUUGUAUUCAACAGUAAUGAAACACGAAAUGGUACAUUUGCAUCACCAAAUUAUCCUGGAUUUUAUCCCCGUGACACAGAGUGCCACUAUUUUUUUAACGGCCAGCAGACGGAAAAAGUUCACCUGCAUUUCCAUUAUUUUGACGUUGAAGGAGUACUACCUUGUGAAGCAGUGUCAGCAAGCGAUUACGUCGAAUUUUCAAACUAUAUGUCACCUGAUCGGAAGCACUCGCGACAUUGCGGGCAACUGAAGGAGUUCGACAUCAAAAGCGACCGGAAGUUCUUCCGGGUGACAUUCAAAAGUAACGAUCGGCUGGACGGGACAGGCUUCAAUGCCAGCUAUGUCUUCUUCGACGAGGAGGAUAAUUAUACGAUGAAGACACCUCUUAAUGGAUCCACUUCUACGGCGUCAAAAGCAGUAAUACUAGGAUUAUAUGUCCUAUUUAUAAUCGGUAUUAUCACCGAUAAAUUUUACUAGGUAUAUAUAGUAUAGUAGACGACGACAAACUGAUAAAAUUAAUAACUAUGGAUCAACAGUGAAUAAAAUCUGUGAAAAUUUUAUUGUAAAAAAAAAAAAAUAAAGACUUAUUUAAAUUCUUCUUCACACAUAACAUAACCAAAAAAAAAAAAGAAUGUAUUGUUAAAAUACAACGGACCUCUUGAGGUUAAGGUGUGUGUAUGUGUAAAUAAUGUAUUAAUAAAUUCAUGUAUUUAAAAAGAUAUAUCUUACAAUAUCAGGACGAGUUAUUUGUAUUGUGUGAGCUAUUUUGUAGGUCGAUUGAAUCUUGAUAAGGUAUUAUAUAUAGGGAAGAUUGUGAAUUGUAAUCGACAAGUGGUGAUUGGAGCCAACUUUUAUUGACAAUCUACUCGGGUAACUUUGUUUUUAUAUUUUAGCUUUUAUUAUUAUCUUUGUUGUUGGUUAUGUGAUAUUUAUUGUUAGUUUGAAUUUUAUAGUCUAUUGAAAAGGGAUUAUAUAUGAUCAUAUAUCGCAAGAUAUUUUACAUUUACGUUAUAUGAUCAUAUGAGUCAAUUUUGGGGUUAUAAAAAUUUUAUGGUAUUGUUUUGUGUGGUUAUAUGUGAUUUUAAACCAUAUAUGAUCAGUUACGUCAUAUAUGGUCAUAUAUGGCUGAAUAUUAGAUUUAUAUUAGAUUAUAUAGUUCAAAUAAGAUCAUAUAUAAAUUAUCUGACGAUAUAUGAUCAGAUAAUUAACCUUAUAAGAUUGUAUAGUGUUAUAUGGUCAUAUAUGGCUGAAUAUAAAACUUAUAUGAUCAUAUAGUUCAUAUGAGGUCAUAUAUAAACUAUAUAACGAUAUAUGAUCAUAUAAUUAACCUUAUAAUAUUGUAUAUUGUUAUAUGAUCAUAUAUCACCAGAUAUUUUACCUUAUAUGAUGAUAUGUGAACAAUUUUGGGGAUAUAUGACAAUUCUAUGGCAUUUUCUUAUGUGGUUUAUGUGAUCAUAUGUGAUUUUAAAUCAUAUAUGAUCAAAUACGUCAUAUAUGGCUGAAUAUUAGACUUAUAUGAUCAUAUAUAGCUGAAAAUUAAAUUUAUAUAAUCAUAUAGUUCAAAUAAGACCAUAUAUAAACUAUAUGACGAUUUAUGAU